GAAAAAUAACCUUUAAACAUUUCUAAAAUAGGUUUAGCUCCUUCAAGAAUAAAAGAAAGCUAUUUCAACAUCUACUUCGAUAUCUCGAGCGCAUUCAUAUGAGGUAGCCAUAGGCAGCUCUCUUUCAAAAUGUCUACCCACCUAUUCUUAUUCCCCGGUCGAACUCUUGCACCAAGGUCGAUUACCUCCACCAUAUGCGCCCAAUGCCGCCGGUCCUUCGCUUCGAGCGCGCUGCUUAGCAGCGGUCACAAUCGCUGGUCCAAAAUCAAGCACGAAAAAGGCGCCGCCGACGCGAAGAAAAAUGCCCAGCGAAGCAGCUUCGCCAAGAACUUGACCCUCUGGUCGCAACUGUAUGGGCCAGACCCGAGUCUUAAUUCGCGACUAGCUACCGUGGUCGCGGCCGCGAAGAAAGCCGGCAUGCCGAAAGCCAGCAUAGACAUAGCCAUAGCACGAGGUCAAGGCAAAUCGUCGUCCGGGGCGGGACUCGAAACCAUGACGCUCGAAGUUAUGAUACCGCCAGCCGUAGCCAUGGUUAUCGAUGUCGCAACGGACAACAAGCAGCGCGCACUGCAGGACCUUAGGGUCAUGGUCAAAAAAUACAACGCUACCGUAACGCCGACAGCAUUCCUAUUCGCCAGGGUUGGCCGCGUCGUCCUAAAAGGCGACAAAGACGACGACUUCGACGAGGUGUUAAUGGAGGCGGUCGAGGCCGGUGCCGAGGACGUCGAGCAGGAUAAGAAGGGCAACGUGGUCCUCCGUACGCAGCCGAAUACUACACACCAAACAGCGCAGAGCCUAAGCCAAGCGCUAUCUACCGAGAUCCUAAGCUGCGAAAUUAUAUGGUCGCCGAUAGGGGACAAGGUGAAGCUCGACGACGACGACGCGGCAACGAAUAUAAGCGCCUUCCUAACGGCGCUCCAAGAAUAUCCAGACGUGCAAGGAGUCUACGCGAACGCCGAACAAGGAAAUAUAUCCACAGAUCUUUGGACGACGAUAGAAGAUAACCUCGACACGUAAUCCGUAGUGACGAUACGAUGUGUAGAUAUCUUGUAUGCUUAAUGUAGACUAUUGUACAUGUUGUAUCGCGCAACAGUCCCCAUCUGAUUUCCGUCUUUACGAGGAGUGGAGAGA